ACACGUAUGGCGGCGUACCGAGCGGUCCACGCAAUCCUACGGUGUACUGUGUAUUGGUUUAGCGGGGACAGCUGUUGCAGCGUUUUAUAAGGAAGAGUUUCGAAAGGACCGCAUCACAGCCGGAAUAACAGCUACCAAAAUGGUGUUGGCGGACUUAGGUCGGAAAAUAACGAACGCAUUGCGUUCGCUGAGCAAUGCAACCAUCAUCAACAAGGAGGUUCUGGAUUCUAUGUUAAAAGAAAUCUGCACAGCGUUAUUAGAAGCAGACGUCAACAUCCGACUCGUCAAACAGCUCAGAGAAAAUGUCCGGACGGUCAUUGAUAUAGAUGAAAUGGCCGCUGGUUUGAACAAGCGGCGGAUGAUACAGUCUGCUGUCUUCAAAGAGCUUAUUAAGCUCGUAGAUCCAGGCGUAAAAGCUUGGCAGCCAACGAAAGGCAAGAACAACAUAAUCAUGUUUGUGGGCCUUCAGGGAAGCGGAAAGACCACAACAUGUACAAAGUUGGCAUACCACUAUAUGAAGAAAGGCUGGAAAACCUGUCUGGUGUGUGCCGAUACCUUUAGAGCUGGAGCCUUUGACCAGCUCAAACAGAAUGCCACAAAGGCUAGAAUACCCUUCUAUGGAAGUUACACAGAGGUGGACCCCGUGGUCAUAGCUCAGGACGGGGUGGAAAAAUUCAAGAAGGAAGGCUUCGAAAUUAUCAUCGUGGAUACGAGCGGUCGACACAAGCAGGAAGAUUCCCUCUUUGAAGAAAUGUUGCAAGUUGCUAAUGUCACGAGUCCCGACAACAUCAUCUUCGUCAUGGACGCUUCCAUCGGCCAAGCUUGUGAGUCGCAGGCACGAGCGUUCAAAGAAAAAGUCGACGUAGGAGCCGUAAUUGUUACAAAGUUGGACGGUCACGCCAAAGGGGGUGGAGCCCUCAGUGCUGUCGCAGCUACUCAAAGUCCAAUCAUCUUCAUUGGUACUGGAGAACACAUAGAUGAUUUUGAGCCCUUCAAAGUGAAACCUUUCAUAAGCAAGCUGCUUGGCAUGGGAGACAUCGAGGGCCUCAUCGACAAGGUGAAUGAGCUCAAGCUGGACGACAACGAGGAACUCAUUGAGAAGCUGAAGCACGGGGAAUUUACGCUCAGAGACAUGUACGAACAGUUUCAAAACAUCAUGAAGAUGGGACCCUUCAGCCAGAUAAUGGGUAUGAUUCCAGGAUUCAGCAGCGAUUUCAUGACAAAGGGAAAUGAACAGGAGUCUAUGGCGAGGCUAAAGAAACUCAUGACAAUCAUGGACAGUAUGAAUGACAAUGAAUUAGACAGCCGAGAAGGUGCCAAGCUAUUCUCCCGGCAGCCGACCCGUGUCACAAGGGUUGCACGAGGUGCUGGGGUCACCACUAAAGAGGUGCAGGAGUUGCUUUCUCAGUACACCAAGUUUGCAGCCAUGGUGAAGAAAAUGGGGGGCAUCAAAGGACUCUUCAAGGGAGGAGACAUGGCUAAGAAUGUAAAUCAAGUCCAGAUGAACAAGUUGAACCAGCACAUGGCUAAAAUGAUGGACCCGAGGAUCUUGCAACAGAUGGGUGGCUUUUCCGGGCUUCAAAACAUGAUGCGGCAGUUACAAGGAGCUGCGAGUGGCACAAAUCUAAUGGGAAAAUGAAGUUCUAUUGUGGGGGAAGACUCGCUUUUUCUACAGAUACCUCGUCAUCCUUCAGAGAUCAUGAGUCACCAAGAAAGAGAAUGGGGACCAUUAAAGAAAUGACACAAAAAUGUUCAUACAGCAAAAAAGGUUUUAGCGUUGA